CCUCUUCAGGCCUCAACUCCACUCCUUGGGGCUACGCCAGGCUCCAACCUCCUGGACGAGGCUGGGCACUUUGGGACUAGGCUCGGCUCUUAGGCAAAUUGAGAGAAGGAGAGAAGUGAGCGAUCGAGGGAAUUGAGAGAACGAGGAUUGAUUAGACCAGCUGGCUGUACGACAUGGUGAAUGUCCUAAAGCCUCUGAAUGGUACACUUUGAAAUGGUUACGGUGGUGAAUUGUAUGUUACGUGCACUUUACGACACGCACCGAAGCCUCUUCAUCCAGCAGCUGCGGCCCACACAGAACCUGCAGCCCAGAAUCAAACUGAAGCUGUUCGGCCACUCGGGCUCGGGGAAAACCACGCUGGUGGAGUCACUCAAGUGCGGGCUGCUCAGGAGCUUCUUCCGACGGCGCAGGCCCCGGCUCUCCUCCACCAACUCCACCAGGUUCCCUCCCUCGCCCCUGGCUUCCAAGCCGAAUGGAGAAAACCUUCCAGAUGUUCUUGGAGUGGACGCCGUUGUUCUCUCAGGGAGCACAGCUCUGCUCUGUCUGUGGUCCCCGGACUAA